GUUGAGUGCAGUUUUAAAUUGGGCGCGCACUUAUAGCAGUGGCCGUUGAUUGGCCGACCGAUUUUCACUGUCAAUCACGAAUCCCGGAUACGUGCAAGUGCCCGGAUUGGUCCGGAAAUGGUCAAUUAGGGGUCCUACAUGUUUCACUGCGUUGUGUUCACUCAGUUUUGUUAUGUAACUGUCCAAAAUUACCGUUUUUAUCGGCACAACGACUGAACCAAACCAAAUCAAAACAAUAAUUUAGAGCAAAAUGGCCGCAACUGAACAGUUUUCCUUGCGAUGGAACAAUUUUCAUUCCAACCUCACGUCAGGCUUCCAUCAGCUCCUGGAGGCAGCUGAUAUGGUGGAUGUUACCUUGGCAGUGGACGGACACUUCCUCCAGGCACACAAAAUCGUUCUUUCGAUUUGCAGUCCCUAUUUCAAACAAAUGUUUAAAUUGAAUCCGUGCAAACAUCCCAUAGUAAUAUUACGCGACGUUGGGCACGAACACAUGAAAGAUAUUCUAGAGUUUAUGUAUAUGGGAGAGGUCAGCGUGCUGAGAGAGAACCUCUCUGCAUUCCUCAAGACAGCUGAGCUGUUGCAAGUCAAAGGACUGACUGGUGAUGAUUCUAGUGAGACGUCGUCGCGCAAAGACGACAAGUUGGACUGCGACAUUGAAGAGGAGGAAAUGAGCCAGUAUGAUCAGAUGUUGGAGGCGGACGUGGAACUGCCAACAACGCCGCAAUAUCCUCAGAAAAUAUCUCCUAGCCCGUCGACUAAACGCACAAACAAAUCGAACUCUUCGGGGAACGCGAAGCGCACGAAAAACGAAUCGGUCACACCGUCCCAAAGCAAAAAGUCCGUCUCGAACGAACAGUCGGACGUGAAGCCAAAGAUUGAAGAGGACGUGGGUAAUGUGAGUGAGAAACUGGGCGAGAUGGACGAAUCAACCAAAGAGGGUUUGGGCCAGAUGUGGGAUAAUAAUUUGGGGACCUCAGUUAAUGAUAUUAAAAUCGAGAAUGAUUCGCUGUUCGGGACGGACAACAAGGGCCACGUCUUCUGUCCGUACUGCUGUCGCAAGUUCGUCAACCGGUACAAUCUGAAGGUGCACGUGCGCGACAAGCACGAGAGCAGCCCCCAAAUCCUCGACUGUUCGAUAUGCGGCAAGACGAUGCGUAACCAGAGCUGUCUAAGGGUGCACAUGUACCACCACAGGAAGCAGCAAACGGACCAGGCGGUCGCGUAGGGGUUUGCAUUUUUUAUUAGUUUCAUAUUUUUUUUUGAUCCAUCAUUUUUUUUUUUGGUUCUAAGUUAGAUAAUUGUUUUGUUUUUUGCUCACGUCUGUCUGUUGAUCAAAAUGGUGUUUUUAUUAGUGUUACUAUUUUAUUAUUAUUAUUAUUAUUAUUAUUAUCUAAAUAUUAAUUGUUUUGUUGGUUUGAGUGCUGCUGAUUGAGGAAUCUGCUUUUGCACGUUAUUUUAUAUACAAUUUAUUGAAUUAAAAACAAACCACCCAUUGAUAUAAAACCAUACAAUUCUAACUAAUUUUUUGUAUGUGAAUUUUACCUUAAACAUUGUUGGACAAUUGUGUUAUUUACAGUGCACAAUGACAUUUUUAAUCUAAUUACUGUAUAAAUAUGAACUAUUUAUGUGAUAAUUUACCUUAGUCCUGGAUUUUAUUUAUUGAUUCAGUUAAUCAUUAAUUGUUUCCUAAUGUGUAUGUAAUUAUUACUUACCCUGUUUUUAACCAUAUUGAACGUAUAAUAUUGAUUUUAUUGUUCUAUUUUAACAAAAUUCAAUUAAUCAGUAUUCUGUUGUUAUUUAAUUUAUAUAACGGAACACAAUCACUAAAUAUAAAUUAUUUUUAUUAAUUAAUUAAAAUAAAAAACGUUAUUCCCCAUCCGGCAACUCGAACCAAAUGUUAUUAACUAUUAUUAUGGGUAAACUUGUUGUUUUAUAUAAUUUAUUUGUUUAGCGAGUAUGUGAAACCGUAAAUUAAUUUAUUAAUCGAUAUUUUAAACAAUAGUCUGCAACAAAUACAUUCCAUUUUUACCACACGUACACAUUCCAUGUAAAUAUUUUAUUCGUUGCGUAAUUUUCUUCUAUUGUUUGUUUGAAAUUUUGUCUGUAUUUGUUGCCUGUGAUAAACGAAAUAUCCAAGCUAUAGCUGAAGCAAUAAUUAUGAAUGAUAUUCUGGUACUGGCAUCUUUUCUACCAAGUCAAGUUUGUUUGUUGGCAAACUUUUAACAAAGAUUAAAUAUAUACUUAUUACAUUUGGAAAUUGUAUAUUUAAUCUUUGUCUUUAGUCGAUUUAGGCAUUAUUAAAAUUGGCAGAAAAGGGACGUCCAAGUAGUUAGUAAAAAAAUUGUUGCUCACGUCAUUAAUUAUUGAUAGUUUAGUGAUUGAUUGAUUUAUUGUGUAUGCCUGAAAUCUACUACAUUCCAUUUUACAGGGAAAACAUUAUCUUAUUUAAAAAUAAUAAAACGUUUCAUUAAUA